ACAUCCCGUGGGCCGUUUUUUCCUUUACCUUCUUUCAAAAGUUAAAAACACGAACACGCAUUUACAUAAUAUCUUUUCGUCUCAUUUUCUUCCCCGAUUCAAUUCACCAUCAAUCUUUCCCUUGAGCUCUCUCCAAGAAUGUCAAACUACACAGUGGAACGCAUCAAAGUUGCAACUCCUGAUAAAGUGGAGCUGAUGACAAAAGUUUUUAAACCAAAUGAAGAGAUCAAAGACAACUUAGUGGUAGUCCUUGUCCAUCCCUACUCGAUCCUGGGUGGGCGUCAGGCUCUUUUGAAGGGGAUUGCUUCUGGGUUAGCUCAAAAUGGUCACAGGGCUGUUACUUUUGAUAUGAGGGGAGUUGGAGAGUCCAUUGGAAGAGCUUCUCUUACAGGUUUUGCUGAAGUCAAGGAUGUUAUUGCUGUCUGCAAUUGGGUUUCUGAACAUCUUGAUUCUCACAGAAUCCUGUUGGUGGGUUCUUCUGCAGGGGCGCCAAUUGCAGGGUCUGCAGUUGAUCAAAUCGAGCAAGUUGUGGGGUACGUAAGUCUGGGGUACCCUUUUGGCAUGAUGGCCUCCAUCCUUUUUGGAAGACACCACAAAGCCAUCCUCCAAUCCUCAAAACCCAAACUCUUCGUCAUGGGAACUCGGGAUGGAUUUACCAGUGUCAAGCAGCUCAACAACAAGCUUAGUUCCGCAGCCGGGCGCAAUGAAAUACAUUUAAUGGAAGGAGUUAGCCACUUUGAAAUGGAAGGCCCUGCUUAUGAUGCUGAGAUGGUGAAGCUUAUCCUUAAGUUCAUUUCUUCAUUGUAAGACAUGUAGCCACUUCUUUAAAAAGAUUAGUGCUUGAUGAAUUGCUAUUAAAUUUGCUUCCUUAAGCUCUGUUAUUGUUUGUAGAAAAAGAUGCCAAAUUUAUGUGAUAAUAUAUAAUAUUAUUUUGUGCAA